AUGGGCACGAUUCUCGUUGGUAAGGUGGAAUCAGGCACUGUUAAGAAAGGUCAAUCUGUAUUAGUCAUGCCAAACAAGCGAACUGUUGAAGUGUCCGCUGUUUAUAAUGAAGUCGAGGAUGAAGUGACUAUUGGUGCUUGUGGAGACAAUAUCCGACUUCGUGUGCGUGGUAUUGAAGAGGAAGAAAUUUCAACUGGAUUUGUAGUUUGUUCGAUUAAACGACCGGCACUUUUACAUCUUAUUGACAAGAAGACUGGAAGAAAGUCAAAGAGGCCUCCGCAAUAUGUUAAAAAAGGUCAAAAAGUUAUUGCAAGGCUCGAAACUCAGGGCCCAAUUUGCGUUGAAAUAUUUGAAGAAUAUCCACAAUUAGGAAGAUUUACACUCCGAGACGAAG